GUCCUCUCUCGCUUUCGCCACUCCUCUCUCGUCACUCCUCUGUCGCACGCCCUCGCCCGUCCUCCAGAGGAGCGGCUACUUCUCGCCACUCCUCUCUCGCUCUCUCUCUCUCUCUCUCUCUCUCUCUCCUGUCGCAAUGCACGCCCCAGUACUCGUCCUCAAAGAUUCUUUGAAGCGAGAAUCCGGUAGUAAGGUGCACCAUGCUAACAUCCAAGCUGCCAAGGCUGUUGCAGACAUCAUUCGUACUACCUUGGGUCCUCGAUCUAUGUUGAAGAUGUUGCUUGAUGCUGGGGGAGGAAUCGUGGUUACUAAUGAUGGAAAUGCCAUUCUACGUGAGUUAGAUCUUGCCCAUCCUGCUGCAAAGUCCAUGAUUGAGCUAAGCCGAACACAAGAUGAAGAGGUUGGAGAUGGCACAACAUCUGUUAUCGUUCUUGCUGGCGAGAUGCUUCAUGUAGCAGAAACAUUUAUUGACAAGAAUUAUCAUCCUACGGUUAUCUGUCGAGCAUACAACAAAGCUCUUGAGGAUGCCAUUGCUGUUCUUGACAAAAUUGCGAUGCCUGUCGAUGUGAAUGAUCGUUCCACGCUGCUAAGUCUAGUCAAAAGUUGUAUUGGUACAAAAUUUACUGGACAAUUUGGUGACCUAAUUGCUGACCUUGCUAUUGAUGCCACCACAACAGUCGGUGUUGACCUCGGCCAAGGUAUGCGGGAAGUGGACAUUAAGAAGUACAUUAAAGUCGAGAAGGUUCCUGGUGGGCAGUUGGAGGACUCGAAGGUUCUUAAAGGAGUCAUGAUUAAUAAAGAUGUUGUUGCCCCCGGAAAAAUGAGAAGAAAGAUAGUGAAUCCACGCAUAAUUUUGCUCGAUUGUCCCCUCGAGUAUAAGAAAGGUGAAAAUCAAACUAAUGCUGAGUUGGUGAGGGAGGAAGAUUGGGAGGUACUGCUAAAGAUGGAGGAGGAAUACAUACAGAAUCUAUGCAUGCAGAUACUAAAAUUCAAGCCCGACUUGGUGAUAACCGAGAAAGGGCUCAGUGAACUCGCAUGCCAUUAUCUAAGCAAAGCUGGAGUAAGUGCUAUCCGGAGAUUGAGGAAGACGGACAAUAACAGGAUUGCGAAGGCCUGUGGAGCUGUUAUUGUAAACAGGCCAGAGGAACUUCAAGAAUCAGAUGUUGGGACAGGAGCCGGCCUCUUUGAGGUCAAGAAGAUUGGUGAUGAGUUCUUUUCUUUUAUAGUGGACUGCAAGGACCCGAAAGCAUGCACUGUUCUUUUGAGAGGAGCGAGCAAGGAUCUCUUGAAUGAAGUGGAGAGAAACUUGCAGGAUGCAAUGUCUGUGGCACGAAACAUACUGAAAAACCCAAAGCUCCUCCCUGGAGGGGGUGCUACUGAGUUGACAGUAUCCGCAGCAUUGAAACAAAAGAGUUCUUCCGUUGAAGGCGUCGAAAAGUGGCCUUAUGAAGCUGCUGCUCUAGCUUUUGAGGCCAUUCCACGAACAUUGGCUCAGAAUUGCGGCUUGAAUGUCAUCAGGACAAUGACCCAACUCCAAGGAAAGCAUGCUAAUGGUGAAAAUGCAUGGGUUGGCAUUGAUGGGAGCAGCGGUGAGAUUGUUGAUAUGAAAGAGCGCAAGAUCUGGGACUCAUAUAAUGUGAAGGCACAAACAUUUAAGACGGCCAUCGAGGCUGCAUGCAUGCUUCUGAGGAUUGAUGAUAUUGUCAGCGGCAUAAAGAAAAAGCAGGCUCCUGGGGCCGGCCCAACCCCCAACAAACCAACGAUAGAAGAAGAGGGAGAUGCCGACAACGAACAGAUACUACCUGAGUAAAUUAUAUGUGCAUGAAUAUCUGGCGAUCUCGCAUAUGAGACGGCUUUUAAAUUAUUGUCUCACCGAUCAAGAGUACUUAUUUGCCAUUUUGGGAUUUUGCGUGCAUCAAGUACGGCACAUUUCUAGAGAAAGUUUUGAUUCGAAGGCCGAUUAACCCUUCGUGUAAUGGAUUUGCCUUUUGUUUUCGGUGACUUUUCUGAAUUAUGUUUGAAUUAGUGUGCUAUGUGUAUCACAUCAAUUUCCAGUUUAAUCACUGUGAUUGUAUUUCUAGGUACGGAUCAGGAUGGUGGUAUAUCAAUAUUUGAUGCUUAUUUCUUCCUUUA